AUGGCAAUUGUCCAUACCUACGGGAAGUCUGACAUCUUCUUGACCAUGACCUGCAACCCUAACUGGGAAGAGAUAUCAAAUGAGUUGUUUCCUGGUCAGACAGCGCAAGACCGACCUGAUCUUGUGGCUCGCGUGUUCCAUGGCAAGCUAGAGGCUAUGAAGGAGAUGUUGUUCAAGAAGCAUAUCCUGGGUGUUGUUGUCGCCAUAAAGGUCGUCAAAUACCUUUACAAGUAUGUAUACAAGGGCCAUGAUAGGGCUUCUUUCAGCAUCGACCAGCCCGACGCCGAUGGUAACAUUGACGAGAUCAAAAGAUACGUGGACGCGAGGUGGGUUACUCCUCCGGAGGUGAUGUGGAGGAUAUUCGGCUUCCCCUUGUGCGCCAACUCCCCGUCUGUCCUACAGUUUCCUCUUCCUCUCCCGAAUAUGCACAUGGUGGCAUUCAAUGAGCAAGUUGACUUGACCAAUGUCGUCGCCUCUGAGAAUGCAUCAAAAUCCAUGUUGACGGAGUAUUUCACGGCUAACCAAGACCACCAGUGGGCUAGGAAUAUAUUGUACAAGGAUUUUCCUGGAAGCUUCACAUGGCAGAAGGGUAAGAAAUAUUGGAGGCCGCGGGUGGAGCGUUAUCAAAUAGGUCAAAUCGUGUUUACCAAUCCGGCCGAGGGGGAGCGAUACUAUCUGCAUGUGCUGCUAAACCAUGUUGCGGGAAAGACAUCCUUUGAGGACCUGCUCACCGUGGACGGUAGGUUAUGUGGGAGCUUUAGAGAGGCUGCUGAAAGGUUGGGACUCAUCGAGGCAGAAAACACGCUCGAUGACUGUCUUACGGAGUCCAUGGGUAAAGACAUAGCUGAUUUCGCUCUUCCAAGCAUUGACAAUGCGUUCGACCCAAUAGGGGGCGAGGCCAGACAGAGGCUUGCAUACGACGAGAUACUAGAUGCAGUUGAACAAGGUGAUGGGGGUGUGUCCUUUGUUGAUGGCCCGGGAGGUACAGGGAAGACCUUCCUGUACAGGGCGCUACUCGCCAAGCUUCACCAAGCAGAGUGGGACCACCAAGCUACCGAGGAUGGCCUCACUGAUACUAUGGACGAGGCCACCAUGAGUAAGCGACAGGUGGUCGAGGCACUCGACAACAGCAUGCGCGACAUCAUGGGAAGACGGGACCGACCCUUUGGAGGAAAGACUAUUGUUUUUGGCAGGGACUUCAGGCAGCUAAGGCUCGUCACCAACAUGAGGGCUCAUAAUGACACCUGGUUUGCAGAUUACUUGCUAAGGGUAGGAAAUGGCACCGAGGAAGCUAACGAUCAAGGAAACAUACGACUCCCUGAAGAUAUUUGUGUGCCGUCGACAGGCGAAGCUGACGACCUGGAGAAGCUGAUUGACCAUGUAUUUCCGAGUCUAGAUGACAACAUGUCUGAUCUGAAUUACAUGACUUCUCGCGCAAUCCUCUCCACCAUGAAUGACAACAUCGACAAGAUAAACAUACGGAUGGUAGAGCGUUUUCGGGGGGAAGAAGUAAUCUACCAUAGUUUUGACAGUGCAGAGGACAACCCAUAUGGCUACUACGCUCCGGAGUUCCUGAAUGGAUUGACUCCCAACGGUCUGCCUCUGCAUGCACUCAAACUGAAGCUCAACUGCAAUAUCAUACUUCUGAGGAACUUUGAUCCAGCUAAUGGACUGUGUAACGGGACGAGGCUUGUGACGCUAGCUCUUCAGGACCCCUUCUGCCAGGGCCGUUGGGUCCCUCGUGAAGCAAUCCUCGCCUUCCUCGGCACCCCCAUUGGCCUUGUGCACCCCGAGCCCGCGUGCCGCGCCCGGAGCCGGGCUGGCCGAGGGGGUGCGCUCGCCUUCAUGGAGCCUCAAAUCUGUGGCUUCGCUGCCCUUCCUGCACGGUCUGGCUUGGAGCCUGGUAGGCGUUCCCCGGUCUCCUCCUCUGGUUAUGGAUAG